CUCUGCAAACAGUCACAUUCAAGAGCUCAAGCCAAAGAGACACUCGAGCGGACCAGCAACAGCGGCAGCAGCAGACUCAACCUCAGCAUCAGCUAGAGCCACAGCUACAGCUACAGCUACAGCUCCAUCUCUAGAUACAGCUACAGCCACCAGCCACCAGCAGUUCUCAGCCUCAUCCACAGCUUCAGUGGCCAAAAGCCAGCUAACAAUUCACGUUCGUGCGUCGGUUUUUUGUUGCGGCGCGGCGCAGGGCUCAGAGCAGCGGACAAAAAAGAGAAUUAUAACAAAAAAAUAGAGCCAUAUUUGCCACGUUAUAUUAUUGCCAAAUUUGCUUAAGGCAUCAGGCGGGCCACACAAAUAAAUUAAUCAAAGUGUUUAGUGCACAAACAAAGAAAGAAAAUCUAAAUCCCAAAACCAACAACAAACAACCGUCAACAGAAAACAGAGAGUAGUACUUUGAUGCAAGUGUCCAGUGCAGUGCACCAUCAAACAUGCCACAAAUAAUAAUCACAUCAAUUAAUGCAGUGAUAGUGCAUUGAACAAAAGAUAAUACAUCACUUAAUAUAACACAACGAAUGAUCGCAGAUCGAUUAUCCGGAACAUUCGGAACGACAGCCAUAGAACUAUUUUGAUUUUUCCGUUUUUUGUGCGCGUCCCUUGCACGCGUUGAACUUUCCCUCGCUUCUCCUGGGGACAGUGCGUCCGAAAGCCGGCAACAUAACGGCGCAACUAUUGAACAGCUUUCUGAAGGGUAGCCCCCACCAGACCACCAUUGACAUCAUGCAGAAGCUCUACGCGGAGCCGCCGCCCAGCAGCGGCGCUCCGGUGAGCAUGUCCUCUGGGGGCGGCCCUCCGCCGAGUGGCCCUCCGCCCUCCAGCAUCAACAACAACCCGAACCCCACAUCGAACAGCGGCAGCAUGAGCCCGCUGGCCAGAUCCGCCUACACAAUGAACAGCAUGGGCAUCCCGGUGGGUGGCAUGUCCUCGGUGUCUCCCCAGGCGGCGGCCACCUUCGGCUCCAGCGUCUUAGACUCGGCGGCGGUGGCCAGCAUGACCGGCAGCAUGGGAGCGGCGGCCAUGAACUCGAUGGGCGGCAACUGCAUGACCCCCAGCUCCAUGAGCUAUGCGAGCAUGGGCUCCCCACUCGGCAACAUGGGCGGCUGCAUGGCCAUGUCGGCAGCUAGCAUGUCGGCGGCGGGUCUGAGCGGCAACUACGGUCCCAUGCCGCCGGGAUCGCGCGAAAUGGAGACGGGCUCUCCCAACUCCCUGGGCAGAUCGCGUGUGGACAAGCCGACGACUUACAGACGAAGCUACACGCACGCCAAGCCGCCGUACAGCUACAUCUCCCUAAUUACCAUGGCCAUACAGAAUAAUCCGACGCGGAUGCUUACUCUGUCGGAGAUUUACCAGUUCAUUAUGGACCUUUUCCCCUUCUACAGGCAGAACCAGCAGCGCUGGCAGAACUCCAUCCGACACUCACUAAGCUUCAACGACUGCUUUGUGAAGAUUCCGAGGACGCCUGAUAAGCCGGGCAAGGGAUCCUUCUGGACGCUGCAUCCCGACUCAGGGAACAUGUUCGAGAACGGAUGCUACUUGCGUCGGCAGAAGCGUUUCAAGGACGAGAAGAAGGAGGCCAUUCGGCAGCUGCACAAGAGUCCGUCGCACAGCAGCCUGGAGGCGACCAGUCCGGGCAAGAAGGACCACGAGGACUCGCACCACAUGCACCACCAUCACCACAGCCGACUGGAGCACCACCAGCACCACAAGGAAGCGGGAGGAGGCUCCCUGGCCGGUGUGAAUGUAUUGAGUGCGGCGCACAGCAAGGAUGCGGAGGCCCUGGCCAUGCUCCAUGCCAACGCGGAGCUCUGUUUGGGACAACAGCCACAGCACGUGCCGACGCACCAUCACCACCAGCAUCACCAGCUGCAGCAGGAGGAGCUGUCGGCCAUGAUGGCCAAUCGGUGCCACCCGUCGCUGAUCAGCGACUACCAUUCCUCGAUGCAUCCACUGAAACAGGAGCCCUCAGGCUACACUCCCUCCAGCCACCCGUUCUCCAUCAACCGCCUGCUGCCCACAGAGUCCAAGGCGGACAUCAAGAUGUACGACAUGAGCCAGUACGCCGGCUACAACGCCCUCAGCCCGCUGACCAACUCACACGCUGCCUUAGGCCAGGACUCGUACUAUCAGAGCCUCGGCUACCAUGCGCCCGCCGGCACUACGAGCUUGUGACACCACCAGUACCCCUUAGCUUAAGGGCGCGCGGAGCAGAUGCUGCGCUCGCAGCAGCAGCAGCACUUGCAGCAGCACCACCAGCAGCAGCAGGCGGCGCAGCAACUGACAUCCGCUUCAAAUACCACACCAACAACAGCACCCAAGGCCAGCAGCAAGUCAGGAUCGGGUUCGGGUUCAGGCUCCGGAUCGGGCUCCGGCUCGGGAUCAGUCUCCGCAUCGGCAUUGGUCACCGCCUCAGCAUCGGUGGUAAACUACACCCAGAAGCUGCAGCAGCAACAGCAGCAGCAGCAACAACAGCAGCAGCAGCACCAACAGCAGCAGCAACAGCUGUUGCACAGUCAGCUCUCGGCGGAGCUGCAGGAGGACUCCUCGAACAUCACCAGCGACCUCAGCGAGGAGCAACUGCAGCACCAGGCGGCACAGCAGCAGUACAACAACUAUCAGCAGUACGCGGCGGCCGCCAGCUACCGGAACUGGAAUCACAGCCUAACGUUCAAUGGAGCCGCCGCUCUGCAGAACCUCCUGUAGCCCUGGCCGCGGACAAGCGGCGGCUUUGUGGCACCCAAGGGCAUGGGCCUAUCAAUUAGCGAGUGCAGUUCCACUGGCUUUUAGCACCUGGGCGCAUCCUUUGAGCACGUGAGUAGCCAGGGUUAGGCUCGAGAUCAGGUUCGGGCCCACACACUUGUACAUAGACCCAUCGAACCCAACUGCUCGCACUGUCUUAGUCUUUGCCUUUAUGUUUUCUUUUCCUUUCCUUACCAAUACCCGGUGUAUCGUUCUGUUGGGGAAUCCAAGAAACAAGAAAAAAGUGAUGUAGUUGUAAGUGCAGCUAUCGGGGGCACCAAUCCAAUGUGGCUGCCCCCCCGAGCUCUAAGAACUUUUGUUAACAUUUUAUGUUCUUUUGCUAAAUACAAAAAUAUAAUUCCGUGCCAUUUGUUUUCGUUGUCGAAACAAGCAAUAACAAUCAAAGCGGUUAAAACUACAAAUUUAAACAUUUUAAAUGUAACACAGAGAGAGAGAGAGAGAGAGAGAGAGAGAGAUGGUAGGGAUAGCAGAGAGAGUGAGAGAGAGCUUAGCGGGAUCGUGUGUAAUGUUCUUUCAGAAACGCUAAAACUAAACUAAAAUGUCCCAAAAAGAAGCACAAAUACAAAUACUAAAAGAAACCUUUACCCAAAGGCAAUCGAAUUCGAAUCGCAAAUGAUCAAAAAACCAAAAAACUAAGCCCUAUAUCAUCAUAUAUUCAGCAGUCCAGCGAAACACCUAAAGAAUCUUCAAAAUACAACAAGAAAUCUGGCCAUGCAUAGGAAACGUCACGUCUUAUACUACAUAUAUAAUUUAUACAACAAAA